GUCAGUUGAGGCCGGAUUCACCCCGCAGCUCUGUCAGUGGAAGCUUUCAGGCCUAAAUAUGUAAAAAAAACAAACAGACAAACAAACAAAAACAGCCCAGAUCCGCAGCUGCGUUGUUAAGAAGCAGCUGCCAAAAUGACCACUAUCGUCCAUGACACGUCGGAAGCGGUGCAGCUGUGUCCUGAAUACAACCUCUACUUGAAGCCCAUAGCCAAGAUGACCGUCAGCGUGGCCCUUCCCCAGCUAAAAAUGCCCGGCAAGUCCAUCUCGAACUGGGAGGUAAUGGAAAGGCUGAAGAGCAUGGUCCAGCCGGAGCAGUUUUCCUCGCUGCGCAUCUCCAAAAGCACCAUGGACUUCAUUCGCUUCGAGGGCGAGGUGGAGAACAAGGGCAUCGUCAAGAGUUUCCUGGCCAAGCUGGACGGCAAGAGCAUCAAGCUGAGUGGCUUCACCGACAUCCUGAAGGUCCGGGCAGGCGAGAACAAGGUGGACUUCCCCACCCGCCACGACUGGGACUCCUUCUUCAGGGACGCCAAGGAUAUGAACGAGACGGUUCCCGGGGAGCGUCCAGACACCAUCCACCUGGAGGGACUUCCGUGCAAGUGGUUCGCCCAGAAGGACAGUUCCUCAGACAGGCCUUCGGAAUCCGUCCUGAAGGCCGUUUUCGAAAGCUUCGGCAAGAUCCGCAACGUCGACAUCCCAAUGCUGGACCCCUACAGGGAGGAGAUGACCGGCAAGAACUUCAACACCUUCUCGUUUGGUGGACAUCUUAACUUUGAGGGAUACGUGCAGUAUGAGGACCACACCGGCUUCGUGAAAGCCAUGGACACUCUGAGGGGGAUGAAGCUGAUGUACAAGGGAGAUGACGGCAAAGCAGUGGCGUGCGGCGUUAAGGUGAACUUUGACACGACCAAACACCUGAGUGACUCGUCACUGAAAAAGAGGCAGCAGGAGCGUCUGAAGCUCCAGGAGCUGGAGAGGCAGAGAGAGGAGCAGAAACGGCGACAGAAGGAAGAGGAGGAGAGACGCAAGGAGGAAGAACGGAAGCAGCGUGAGCUGGAGGAAGAAGAGAAGGAGAAGAGGAGGGAGGAGAAGCUGAGGAGGCGUGAGCAGAAGCUGAAGGAACGGGAGGAGAAGAGGAACCAGAAGAAGGUGAAGAAGCAGCAGGAGGAAGAGCAGAAGAAGCUCCACCUGAAGAUCGCCACAGAGGAGAGGAAGCUGCUGCUCGCCCAGAGGAACCUCGAGUCCAUCCGACUGAUCGCUGAACUGCUGAGCAGAGCCAAGGCCCUAAAACAGCAGCAGCUGGAGCAGGAGAAGGCGGAGCUCGCCCGGCAGCAGAAGGCGGAGCUCGCCCGGCUCCAGCAACUAGAAGAGAGGCGGCGGCAGCAAGAGGAAGAGCUCCGGCGUGUGGAAGGUGAGAAGGCCCGUACUUUGGAGCUCCAAAGGAAAGAGCGAGAACUGAGGGACCGACUGCUGGGAAACCUUCUGAAGAAAAGCACCAAUGCUGACCGCCAGGAAGAGAUGGAUCCUGAGUUCUCGGCAGAAUCGCCAAACAACGUAGACCUCCAGACGCAAACCCAGCUGAACGGAGUCACCCGCCGGGUGGGCGGAACCAAGCCUGUUGCUGCCGCACCCUCGGUCACUAGGGUGCGCCAGGAGAGCAAAACCAGGAAGCAGGAGAAGCCAAGCAAAGACGAGGAGCGGAGAGGCCAGAGGGAGCGGAGACGUAGUCGAGAGUUUUCCAGCAGCAGGCACGGACGUGGCGACCAGAUUCAGCACCGCAGCAGAGGGCGGAGUCACGGGCACAGAAGUGGCCGGACCCGAAGCAGAAGUAGGAGCGGACGGAGGCAGAGCAGGAGCGGUAGGCGGUACAGUCGCGAACGGAGCCGCAGCCACAGGAGGAGCAGAAGCCAGAGUCGAAGAAGUCGUGGGAGGCGGAGCCAAGGGAGUCAUGGGCGGAGCCAUCGGUAUAGUCACGGACAGAGCAGCAGUUGCAGCAGCGGGAGCAGCAGUAAGAGCAGCAGCUCCAAGAGUAGAAGUAGAAGCAGGAGUCACUCCUCUAGCCGAGGGCACAGACGGGGCUCCAACAGCCGCUCCGGACGGCGCUGAACAGACUUGAAACUGUUUAGAAUAUCGCUGAACCCUAAACGCUAAACAGCCGACUGACAAGCGAUCGUUUCGGCUGUGGUGAUAAAGGAUUAGUUUCAGAAAAUGCACACAGUUUUCGUCUUUACUACAAAUGUAGUCAAUCAGACAAGACAUGUUUGGUGUCUGUAGUUUGCUCUCAGGACGGUGAAAUGAUUAAAAUAAUUAACUGCAAUUAAUUUCAUUUCUUUCACUCAAAUUUGACCCUAAAAAAAAGAUAUUUCUUCCUUUAUAGCUGUAUGAUUGGACAAAAUAAGCUAUAUGCAAAUAUAUUUCUUACAUUAUAUUUAUAUAUUACAUAAUUUAAUCAAGUGAAUGCAUAACCUGAACAUGAAAAUCAUGAUUUCCAUCAUAGUUUCCAGUUUUCAUCACCAACAUCCAGUGAGAGCAUCAGUGGCUGCAUGUUCCAACCAGUGAGUGUGUGUGUAUAUAUAUACAUAUAUAUAUAUAUAUAUAUAGAAUAUAUACGGUCAAUAGUUCCAGCUACUCAGUGACUGCAGCCUCUCACUCUCGUUCAUCCAGCUCAGUGAUUCUUGUUACAAUAGAGGCUCUGGAGGGGAACUGGAGCGUUCCUCUUUGCUGCUGCUUUUGUUAGUUUGCUGCUCGUUGAUUUAUCCAUAGAGCACUGUCCAGUGUGGUCUGCUGAAGGCGCAGCGCUAACAUUACUUAUAUAUGAUGUUGCUGCAUCAGUGGUGUGUUUUGCUUGUAAACGGUACUUUAUAUUUAACGUACUUUUGUGAUGAACAUGGCAGGGCAUUAGCUGUAAAUAACUUUGACGCUUGCCGUUUAAAAGCUGUAUUUGAACGAGAGGGCUACAGUCGUGGAGUGACCGUGCACUGCAGCUGGGCUUCAGCCUGGGGAUAUGAUGCUAAUGUAGCUAACAAGUAAUUUAGUUUUAAAACUGAACAAUUAGCAUCAGCUAAACUGUGUUCAGUUGCUUAAUGGUCUCUAUUAGACUUGAAUAUGUAGUUUCUGAUGCUGAAUGACUUACUGUUAUCUAUAGACACUUGAAACUAAAGCAAACAUGUCUUGUCUGACCUGCUACGUUUGAUAUAAUGGGGAAAAUUGUGUGAAUUCGAUUUUCCGCUGAGUGUUUCCGUUGCCAUGAGCAUGCACAACAUCAAAUGUUUGGCUGGUGUAUUCUAAUGCUGCUUAAAACUGUGGACGAACACCUGUCCAGAUGUUCUGUGAUGAAGUCAGGGCAGGAUCUGUCAUCCUUAGGUGCUCUUUCUUCGAUGAAAUGUAUUUAAAUGGGAAUUCCAUCUUUUUUUUUUUUAAUUGUUUUCUGCAUAAUUCAGUGGUUGAGAUGUAAACAGAGUCAUUCAGAGUGGUUUGUUGUGAAGUGGUUGAUUGCAGAGAUUCUGAUUUCUUUACAGUGAUAGGAACAAAAAAUUACAAUGUCUACAAACUGUGAAAAUACAAAAAUAGUAAUUUCAUUUACUACCAAAAACCACCCAGUGAACCUAGUCUGUCUUCUGAGUUUUAUAUAAAAUAGUGUUAAAUCAAAUUUUUUUUUUUUUCUUUGGGGACUAUUUUGCCUCACAGCACCCUGCGUAUUAUGUAUCCCGCCACCAUGAACGGAUUUUAAUGCCAAAAUCUUCUAAAACUAUUAUAAAACAGUGUCUCAGUCAUCAGGCAGUGAAUUCAUAACCAUUUCAUGUAGUAACUUUCUGUGAGGGAGCUUCUAGAGGAGGACGUCUGGUUCCUAUCACCACCACUGUGAACAAUUCUGACUCGGUACGUUUCUCUAGAACAGAGCGUUUCACACCAAACCACUCUGAGUGACUCUGUUUACAUCUUAACCAUUUAAUUAUGUAGAAAUUUUGAAAAAUCUUUGGAGUUCCCCUUUAACCCUAGCAGUAACGUUUUUCCUUACAGUUUUUAAACAUACAGUUUAGACUAGUUCUGGUUCAGAUUUAAUCAGCUUCUCAGUGUCGACUGAAGUCACAUAAAACGUGACUGACGUUUCGUCAGCUUUGCCUUGAACUUGAACUUAGCGUGAGAAUCGCGCAGUAUUUUAUUUCUUUUU